CUGUCCACCAAAUUUUUACAGUUUCCAUUUUUUUACCAGGGUGCAGCCAUGAACGUUCCAGUAGGGUUUCUCUCCAAGUUAUGGAGCUUCCUCUCCUUCUUGCCUUUCUUCUUCCUGCUCUUCAUCCUCGGCCUCGCCAAAGCUGCAGUGAUCGGUCCCAUUUCGGCGGCGAUCAUACUAAUUGGGAACACUGCUGUGAUAUUGGGACUCUGGAUUGCUCAUUUCCUAUGGACUUACUAUUGUCUAGCAAGGACGAAGAGGCUUGGCUUGGUUUUGAAGAUUGUGGCGAUGCUGCUUUUACCAGUGCCGUUGGUGCUGUGGCCUCCAGUUGGUAUUGUUGGGAGCCUCCUGGGUGGGAUAGGGUACGGGUUUUUCGCGCCUUUGCUCGCUACUUUCGAAGCCGUUGGGGAGAAUGUCAAGCAGAAGUGCCACCAUUGUUUCGUUGACGGUUGUGCCUCGACGGUCAGAUACAGCUGCACUGUCGUUAGGGAUUUUACGGACUUUUGCUUCCAUUCCUACUUCUCUUAUAUGGAUGAACUGAGCGAGAAAGUGCCUCCCGAUGAACAGCCUAUCGAUGUCAAGUUGAUGAGACUGCCGAGUAGUUUCUUGGUCACCCUCAUCGGUGUCCCGGUAGAUAUGCUUCUGAUCACUGCUCUCGCCCUGUGGAAAAGCCCCUACAUGCUUUUGCAAGGAUGGAAGCGGCUGCUGGAAGACCUGAUCGGUAGAGAAGGGCCGUUCCUGGAGACUGUGUGUGUUCCAUUUGCGGGUCUUGCGAUUCUUUUGUGGCCUUUAGCUGUCGUGGCGUCGGUUGUAGCAGCUGUAGUGUCCAGCUUCUUCUUGGGAUUGUACAGUGGAGUUGUUGUCCAUCAGGAAGAUUCAUUCCAGUCAGGACUUGCCUAUAUUAUUGCAGUGGUUUCAUUGUUCGACGAGUAUGUCAAUGAUCUGCUCUACUUGAGCGAAGGUUCCUGUCUACCCAGGUAAAGGUGUAUUUGAUUGAUAAGUUCAUUAUUUGAUCUACUAGAGGGUACAAUUAGGUGCCAAAUAAUUGAAUCAAACAGUUUUAACUUUGAGGAUUCAUGGACAGCCAGGCCCAAGUAUCGGAAGAACCAGAGUCCUAAACUAGGUGAUAAUGAGGGGAGCAUGAACAAGAGAAGGCAAAACUCGCUCAACGCAAGACUUGUACCGGAGAGGACAAGAUCGCUGAAACGGGCCAUUCAGGAAUUUAAGCCGGUACAGAUAUGGGACUGGUUAUUCAAAUCAUGUGAAGUGAACGGAAAAAUACUCCUCCGCGAAGGGUUGAUAGAUACCAAGGACAUUAAAGAGUGCCUUGUGAAGGGUAAUUGCAAGAAGUUAGGGAUCAAACUGCCAGCUUGGACCAUAUUACAGUGCCUUUUAACCUCAGCAAAGCAAGAUUCAUCUGGGUUGGUGAUCUCUGAUGAUGUGGAGUUGACGGCAGCUAACGGGCCAAGGGACAAAGUUUUCGAUUGGUUCAUAGAACCAUUGUUGAUCAUGAAAGAGCAACUUAGAAAGCUUCAGCUGAAUGACAAUGAGGAGAUGAGCUUGAGGAAGCUGGUAAUGGUGAAUAAGAAUGAGAGACCUGAAGACUGGGACGAAGAAGGGUUUCCGAGUGGCGACCAUGUCAGAAGAGCUCAGUUACAAGCCCUAAUCAGAAGACUACAAGGGAUUGUAGCUUCGAUGUCACGCAUUCCAACUUUCAGGCGGCGUUUCAAGAACCUGGUGAAAGUGUUGUCGAUCGAAGCAAUUCAGGUUGGGCCUCCCGGAAAGCAGAUAGGAGUAACGAGCACUGAUGGGAGUAGCAUUAGCUCAAGUUCGAUGGCAUCCCACAACCAAGAGGGAAGUAGCGAGAACGAGAUGAAGAAUGGUCCAGAGACGUGUAGCAAUGUACCCAAAACUAAAGACGGGAUCAAGAGCAUAAGCAGUCAACAUUCUGUAUGAACCAAUGACCACUGCCCAGAUCUAUUAAGCAAUCUUAUAGCAGCAGCCUACGGUUCAUUUCAGUUCUACGCAGCUAUCUUAUAGGAGCAGCAUUUAGGAGACUCGGUUCUACUUAGCUAUGUUAUAGCAGCAGCAUUUAGGAGAUAGGAAUGGGGAUAGGUGCCUUCCUUUCACACUGUUUCGUAGUGUUUUGGCUGCAGAUUCGAUUACUUGAAAGUGAAUUUUCUGUUUUAUCCUAGCUAGUUGUUUCGGGACAGGAAAGCUAUGUAUAGAAGAAGUAGCACAAGCUCAAUAUCACAUUGCUCUUAGAAUGAUUGGAUUCCUUACAACAUCAGCGUUCUGUUAAAUGUUACGAAUUCAGAAGCCUUGCACAAAAAAGGCAAAACCAAAUGGAGCAUUACCUUCCAAAACAUCUCAUUACAGAAGAUGUAAGAGUUGAAGAAAUGAACUUCAUUCCUAUAGAUCCUCCAGGGAAGUAAGAAAUGACGUAGUAUGAUAGCGCGAUAACCUGUAGAACUGAGAAGACGACUGAAAGAACGUAACUGUGGAGCACCAUGGAUACAUAGACUGUUCCAACCAUUGUGCCGAUGAAUCCCAAAGUCAAGGGAAGCCUCUGUUGGAGAACAUAUGUAGAAGCUGCUCCUUGGGGCCUCUGAGAGCGAAAAACGAACCAACUAUGAAAGCACAGCCGAUGGUGAAGCAGAUUGCAAAUUUCUGGGGAACCAACACCAUCACGGGGAGGAACAUUGUGAAUGCUAGAAAGACGAAGAACACUCCAGAGGCAAGGAGUACGCCAAAGUACAUGAAAGACUUCCCAGAAGGGACAUUGCUAGUGGAUGACUUCAAACUUCCCGGCAGAUCCCUCACUCCUUUCGAUACCCUGAAAAACAAACACGAGUUAGGACGAAUAUCAAUUGCCGCAUACUACUAGUAUGCAGCAACAAAAUGAAAUCCAGAAAUCA